UACAGGCUGGCGGGCUGCUGGGAGUUGCUUCGUGCUUCUUUGAGGGGAAAGACAGAGACUGACAUGGAGCCGGGGAAGCAUCUGGCUGGCCUCAUCUUGGCUGUCACUCUUCUUCAAGGUACUACAGCCGAGAAGAAACAAGAAGUUCCUGUGGUAAAACUGGAUGACAAUCGAGAAGAUGGUUCGGUACUUCUGAUUUGUGUCUCAAAAGACACAAAGAUCACAUGGUUUAAAGAUGGGAAACAAGAAAAUUCCUCGACUAAUACUAAGCUGAAUCUGGGAAGCAGUAUCAAGGACCCUCAAGGGAUAUAUCAGUGUAAAGGAUCAGAGGGCUUUUCAGAACCACUCCAAGUAUAUUACAGAAUGUGUCAGAACUGCAUUGACCUGAACGCAGGCACUGUAUCCAGCUUUGUCUUCGCUGAAAUCGUCAGCAUUUUCUUCCUUGCUGUCGGGGUUUACUUCAUUGCUGGACAGGAUGGAGUUCGCCAGUCCAGAGCUUCAGACAAGCAGACUCUGUUGUCCAAUGACCAGCUUUACCAGCCCCUCAGGGAUCGGGAAAAUGACCAAUAUGGCCACCUUCAAGGAAAGCAAUUGAGGAAAAAUUGAACUCAGGACUCAAAGUAGGUGUUCUCCAUGCUGGAUAGAUCCCAGAAACAUGGCAUUACACUUUGGAACACUCCUAGCGGAGAGACUUUCAGCCCUAAUUCUAGACUCAAGUUUCCCAAAGGUGACAAAUGGAGAAGAAAGUCCAUCAGAGCAAAUAUGGAUUUUUCUCAAAAUAAAACAAAAAGGAAAGUAAAAAUA